UUCCCACCUCCCCCUCAGCCCCCCCUCUUCUCUCGCUCUCAUCUUCUUUGGACUGCAGCAGAGAAACCGCUGCAUCGAAGAAGAACGAGCGACAAGAAAUCUCGGCGCGCGAUGCCUGGCACUACCUCUGUUGCUGUGUAGAGGAGGAGAACGGGGAGCGGGCACUUCAGAACGUCAUCGAACUCGAUAUGAUGGAUCUGGUUCUCUCUGGUAGGUUGCUGAUGGUCUCUUCUACUGAGCUCUGACAGGAUUGAGGAUCUCUCCAAUUUGAGAUCAACUGUCUCCAUUUCAACAUUGUCUGGCUACUCCCAUCCAAUGGAAUCAGACAUCAUUACUUAAUCAUUAGAGUCCUGGCAGCUGAGCGGCUUUUCAGCACUAAUAAACUGCCUUAAGUCUCGCUCUGUCUGGGGAUAUAAAACCAGAAAGAAACUUAGAAAAAAAAAAAAACACAGGUAGCUUGGGUUGGGUUGCACCCAGUGGAGGAAAAGCUCAGGAGAAUUGAGUUAAAAGACUUUUAGUGCCAGCUAUCCCCGUGCCAAGAUGGAUGAAACGCAGAACAACAGGACUUCCUUGGUCAAAGGUGCCAAGGACAUCGCUAAAGAAGCCAAGAGGCAAGCUGCCAAAAAUUUCAGCAAAGCUGUUGAUCGUGCCUCAGAUGAAUACUCAGCUCAUCGCAGCUACAACCGUUUCCAGAACGAGGAUGAAGAGGAGAACAACUACAAUACUUACACUCAGCAAGAUGGUCACUAUGCUGACAAUGCAGCAAAUGACGAGGACGGGGCCUCUAGUGACGCCACGGAAGGCCACGACGAUGAAGAUGAGAUCUACGAGGGGGAGUACCAAGGCGUGCCUGCCUACAAUGACGGGAAGCCGCGGGACGGUCAGGUGGCUCUGGGCCAGCCGGUGUCUGACAGCCUAAAGAGCCGUAAGGAGCUGGAAAACGAGAGACAGGCGGAUGAGGAGGAGCUGGCCCAGCAGUACGAGCUGAUCAUGCAGGAGUGCGGCCAUGGGAGAUUCCAGUGGCAGCUGUUCUUUGUGCUCGGGCUUGCGCUCAUGUCAGACGGCGUGGAGGUGUUCGUAGUGGGCUUUGUCCUACCCAGCGCUGAGACGGACAUGUGUGUCCCCAACUCUGGUGCCGGAUGGCUUGGUAGCAUUGUGUAUCUGGGGAUGAUGUUUGGAGCCUUUUUUUGGGGCGGCCUGUCCGACAAGGUGGGCCGUAAACAGUGCCUGCUGAUAUCCAUGUCUGUCAACGGUUUCUUCGCCUUCCUCUCCUCCUUUGUUCAAGGCUACAGCAUGUUCCUCUUCUGCCGCAUGGUGUCUGGCUUUGGGAUUGGUGGAGCAGUACCAAUAGUAUUCUCGUACUUUGCGGAGGUACUGGCUCGGGAGAAGAGAGGAGAGCAUCUGAGCUGGCUCUGCAUGUUUUGGAUGAUCGGAGGAAUUUAUGCCUCAGCCAUGGCCUGGGCCAUCAUCCCACACUACGGCUGGAGUUUCAGCAUGGGUUCAGCCUACCAGUUCCACAGCUGGAGAGUGUUUGUGGUGGUGUGUGCACUGCCGUGUGUGUCUGCAGUGGUCGCUCUCACUUUUAUGCCUGAAAGCCCCCGCUUCUACCUGGAGACGGGCAAACAUGACGAGGCGUGGAUGGUGCUCAAACACAUCCAUGACACCAACAUGCGUGCCCGCGGAGAGCCGGAGAGAGUCUUCACUGUGAACAGGAUAAAAAUCCCCAAACAGCUGGACGAGCUGGUGGAGAUGCAGAAUGAGUCAGCCAACCCCGUGCUCAAGGUCCUCUUCAAGAUCAAGGCUGAGCUCAGAGGAAUCUGGUUGACUUUUAUGAGAUGUUUCAACUACCCAGUGAAAGACAACACUAUGAAACUGGCUGCAGUCUGGUUUACACUGUCUUUUGGGUACUACGGGUUAUCUGUGUGGUUCCCGGAUGUCAUCAAGCACCUUCAGGCUGAUGAGUACGCCUCCAGAGUCAAGAUUCACAACAAUGAACGCAUUGAAGACUUCACCUUCAACUUCACUCUGGAAAACCAGAUCCACAGAAACUCUGUCUUUCUAAAUGACAGGUUUAUCAGCAUGAAGUUCAAGGCAGUCACAUUCAUCGACUCAUCUUUCCUCAACUGCUAUUUUGAAGAUGUCUCCUCUGGUGGAUCCUUCUUCAAAAACUGUACCUUUGUAGACUCCUUCUUUUACAACACGGAUAUUGAUGACGCCAAACUAACAAAUUCAAGGGUGAUCAACAGCUCCUUCCACCACAACAAGACAGGUUGUCAGAUGACAUUUGAUGAUGAUUACAGUGCCUACUGGGUCUACUUUGUCAACUUCCUGGGGACGCUGGCUGUGCUGCCUGGAAACAUCGUCUCUGCUCUUCUCAUGGACAAAAUAGGACGACUUAGCAUGUUAGGAGGCUCCAUGGUGCUGUCAGGCAUCAGCUGCUUCUUCCUUUGGUUCGGCACUAGUGAGUCGAUGAUGAUCUUCAUGCUCUGUCUCUACAAUGGCCUCAGUAUCUCUGCCUGGAACUCCCUGGAUGUGGUCACCACUGAGCUGUACCCAACAGACAGGAGGGGCACAGGAUUUGGCUUCUGUAAUGCCAUGUGUAAGCUGGCAGCGGUGCUGGGCAACCUGAUCUUUGGCUCGCUGGUUGGCAUCACCAAGGCUAUCCCCAUCCUGCUGGCAUCAUCUGUGUUGGUUGGCGGGGGCCUGGUGGGGCUCCGACUGCCAGACACACGUGCCAAUGUCCUGAUGUAAACCUCAACACAGAAGUAUGUUGUUUACCAGGUAUUUACUCAGUUUAUUGAAUUUAUUUGAAUAUCACUGAAACAAACAUAGCUGUAACCAUUCAUGUAUUUAUUAUUUGACAAAUGAUGUUAUUAUGUCCAUAAACCCAAAAACAGGACAGCUCUGAGUAAUAUACCUGGUAAAUUAGGACAAUGAAAUGCAGUUGGAGCUGCAGAUAUAAAGAGUUUGAAGAGACACAAUCAAAUGUUACAAAUCUAUGUGGCGUCAAUGGGUGGUUACCAAAGCCCUGCACAUUCUUGCAGAAAUUCAAGAUGAAAAGGAAACAAGCUAUUAUCAUACGUGGUUAUAAAACUCUGUAUAUCAGCAGCUCGUUUACCUACCAUGGGCUGUUUCACACAUGCAAACCACAAAACGCAUGUGUCAACGCUGCAAAAGGCCUGGACUUCCAACAACAUUCCCAUUCCAAAUUGUGCUCCAUUUUUCUCAGAUUAAAGGAAUAGUUGGACAUUUUGGGAAAUAUACUUAUUCAAAGCCAUCACCAGCAGUUGGCCAGCUUUGUAUGAAGACAGAAGAACAGCUAGUCUGGCUCUGUUUGAAGGUGCAGUAACAAGGUCUACUCACCAACUCCUCUAAAGCUCACAAAUUAACACAUAGUAUCCUGUAUGUCUAAUCCCUAAGAAAACAGAAAAGUAAAAAUGACAAACUGUGUUGUGGGGGGGUUAAUUACUUAAUGAGCUUUAGAGGUGCUGGUAGGUUGGCUUGAUUAUCUUUGGACAGAGCCAGACUAGCUGUUUCCUAUCCUUCUUCUUUAUGCUAAGCUAAGCGAACUGGCUGCUGGCUCUAGCAUCGUAAAGUACAGUCACAAGAGUGGUAUCAAUCAUCUCUGUGAACUCUCAGUAAGAAAGUAAAUAGUACUGUUCAACAAAACAUUGAACUAUACUAGUUCAACCAAACGGUGAACUAUACUUUUAAUAAUUUCGCAGCUGAGUAUUUGUGAUUAUGUUUAUUUGUAUUUAUUGAGUUACUACUUUAUGUAUGCUAUUUAUUGCCUUGCCAGUCUCUGAACCUGUGAUCAGUAUUCUCCCAAUGAUUGAUGAUGUUCAAGCCUUUUGCCGCCAUUUGCAAGAAUGACAAGGCCAUAGAAAAAAAAAAACAACAAUAACUAUAAAGUAGUUUAGUCAAAACUGGCAACUUCAGCAGCUACAUUUCUAAAGUGAAAAGAAGUUUACAUUUUCUGCUUUUUACAGUAAGAGACUUUUGAGAUUGGAAACCUUUUGUCUGAAUGCUUCCUCUCUCCCUCUCUCGUGUCUGUGUUGUGUUUGUCUCGUGGCGCUGAGCUCACCAUGAAGGGCUUUGCUCUUUGUUGUAAUCUGAUCUGUCAAGAAGAAUUUAUACUGUAGGAAACCUCUGCUGUUACAAAAAUCUGCUCUUUUCCUUGCGUUUUUCUUUCUUUCUCGAUCUGUCUCUCUGUCUUGGUUUCCUCAUGGUGUGUCUCGACCUGUCUUGUCCUCUUGCUCUGUUUAUCUCCUCCUGCCUUGCUGCUGCUCCCUCCAAAAUUCAAAGGCCUUUCUCAAAUGUCGUGCCUCUCUCUCCAUCGAGCUUGUCUCUCCUUCCAAACCUUGCUGGAAGCUUUGCUGCUCUGUCCUGCUUUUUUUCCUCUUGAUACUGCAGUAUGUAUGUGUGUGUAUGUGUGUGUGUGUAUGAGUUUGUGUGUCCAGACAAAUCCUUAUAAGACACACUGAGCAUCUCAUAUGUAGAGAGCAAAGUUUUAUUUUUAGGUUUUCAUGUUCUUUCCUAUACCAAGGAGGAUCAGAACUACAUGAUAAAGCGAAAUUAAAAGCCAUGCAUAAAGGGUCAGUUCACCCAGAUUUCAAAAUAACAUAUUUACCAGUCAUGCAGAUAAUUUUGGGGUUUUUAUUUUAGCCAGUUUUCCUACUUUGUUCUCCCUCUUCCCUCUUUAUUUCUGAACAUCUUUGCCAUGGAAGGAAUUUUGCAAAAGGUCCAUUUUUAGUGACCCAAAACACAGUUUUGCAUGUAGCAAAAAGCUACAUUGUAAAUAACACCGUCAUGCCACUACUUUUGCAGGUCAUUGGCCAUAAGCCAAUGUAUUUGACAAAUUGAAAUUUCAACCUGAUGACAGUUUUAUAUGAAAAAAUAUAGGAUUACUGAAAUGAUUACAGUUCAGCCUCUGGGGAUCAAGAAUGUCUUUACACAAUUUUAUAGCCAACUAUGUGUGGUGGGUUGACCAAUUCUGC